UGAAAUUAGUAUUUUGCGAAGAAUUUAGCUGUUUGAAAGUCAACUAAUUAAGGCAUCGCGAUGGAGAGUCAUGUAUUUGAAUGUAUCGUUCAAAAAGACGAUACAAAGCUACGUGAUUCGAGAAAUGUCAAAACAAACAUCCUAUCACCGAUCUCGACGAAGAAAGAAGCUAUUUAUUUGACUAACUAUCCUACCUAUCGUGGAAGGGGCUACGUAAGAAGCAAUAACAAAAACAACAGUAACAACAACGCCAUUAUCGAAGAUCGUGUUCUCGAUUCGUCCCGAAGAGAGACAUUCGUUGUUACCGAGGACGACAAAGAGAAUUUUAUUGGAAAACAAGAGGAUCGUUUGAAUAAUUUUCCAUCUACGAAGCGACAAGAGAUAUUACCAACAUUGUUGUCUUUCGACGAGAAAAAUAACGAAGGGAAUUCACUCAAACGAAAAAUUCCACGUCCGGCUAAUGCUUUCAUGCUUUUUGCGAACGAAUGGCGAAAGAAACUUGCCAGUGAAAAUCCUCGAGAAUCUAACAAGGACAUCAGUGUCAGACUUGGAAUCCUUUGGAAGAAUAUCUCGAAAGAUAUGAAGGAGAAGUACUUCACAUUGGCACGAGAAGUCGAUGCAGAACACAAGAAAAAAUAUCCUGCACGUUAACGUUGAAAAUUAAUAUUUACAAAUCGUAGAUGAAAACAAAACCAAUACGUUCAAUAUAAAUAAUACUAAUAUUAAAAACGCUAUACGAUAUAAAAGUUCUUACAACAUAUUCUUCAAGAACGAUGUUGUUAAUAGAAUUUAUAUAUUAUACAUAUAUAUAUUUUUUUCUUUUAUCUUUUUUCUUCUUCUUAUGUAUUGAUAAAAAAACCGUAGAAAAAUGCACUCUAUAAAAAUGUACUCGUCAAGAACAUCGCAAAGUGUGAAUUGUCUCACGUUACUUUAUUAACUCGGAUCAGGGAUGAGUGCAUCGUCAUCAUUGUCGUCGUCAUCAUCGUUACCGUUGACGUAACACGACAGGACGAUGCAUGCAGGCAAGCGGACAUAGAACGAUGCUGAUAGCCUACUGAGAGAUAUAAAGCCGAAUGGCAGCCGCUCUACUCGUCAUUUGUGAUCAUAUGUUUAACUUGCAUAUUCGAAACUAACUUUUCGCGAUACAAAUAGCGAUUUCCUAGAAACAAGAACGUAUGGCGUGUUGCUGCCAGUAUGUAAUGUUUAAUUUAACGUAUACAAUGUGUCAACAACAAAAAAUAUAUCAAAAGAUCCGUCAAAAUUUAUUAUGAUAACUUUUAUUAUUAUUUCUUUUUUAUUUUUUUGCAAAGAAA